UACGACAACUUCUGGGCGACGAGGGAACGUGACAGCCAUUUUCAUCGCGUCGCUUGUCGCGCUAGAAAUCGCUGAAAAUGUCCACAUGUUAUCAAAGCGUUUGCUAAAGUGAUUGUACCCGUACAUGCACGAUACAGCUAUUAGAAAUGGCAGUGAUUUCCGCAGGGGACCCACACACUCAAAGGAGCCCACGGCAUGUUUGUUGCUGAAUGUGCGGUCGCCUUGUCGAAUCUUGGACACGGUAGCUGCAUUGUGACAGGAGCCAAAUGCCAAAUGAUUCAUGGCUGAAUGUGAAUUCACUGUGCACGUGAAGGACGAAUAUCACGGCCUGUGCGAGAUUGACUGCAUGGAAAUUGCGCUUUCUGACUGCUCCAGGAAUGUAAAAGUGGAGCCAGGACCUGAGACUCAGCUUGCAAACCAUGCUCAGCUCGUUAAGUCUGAGCCUUCCGAGACUGACUAUUCUGAGACGGCUAGUUCUCAGGACACAGUAGCUGCUAACACUGAAUGGUUCAGGAACGUAAAUGUGGAGCCAGGACCUGAGACUCAGCUUGCAAACCAUGCUCACCUCGUUAAGUCUGAGCCUUCCGAGACUGACUAUUCUGAGACGGCUAGUUCUCAGGACACAAUAGCUUCUAUCACUGAAUGGUUCAGGAGCAAGGGAAGCGAUCUUGAUUCGAGCGCAGAGGAGGACAGUCCCGUCAAGCCCACUGCCACGCCACUGCCACCUCCACCGGCUAAGCGUGGCACGAAACGCGGCAGAAAGAUCAAAAGGUUCAGCUGCACCCUUUGUCACUUUGUCACAAAACGGAAAGCAGGAAUGGCGCUUCACUUCAAGAAGCACAAGCGGGCUGAAUCUUUGCCACAAGCUGCACCAAGCCAGACAGAGGAAAGAAACGAGAGUGGGAAUGAUUCCAGUGAAGAUGAAAUGGCAAGCAAAGAUGUGGAUGCCAGUCCAAAUGCUACAGCCACUCUGGAGAAUUUACAGAAAAGCAAUGGCCAACGUGACCUGAGUCAAAACAGAACAGCUGUGGACUCUGAAACAUCAAAGGAAACUGCACCAUUCCAAAGCCAGAAAGGAGACGGGAGUGAUGAAGACACUGGCUCAUUACCAUCUUCCUAUGGCAGCAAUGAAUCCCUGCACAAAGACGAGGAUAGGAAAUCGCCUCAAUCUGCACGACACAGUUACGAGUCGCGCGGGGAUCUACGCACUGCCACCAUCAAAGAGCCGCUUCUGCUGAGAUGCCACGUGUGCCCAUUUACGACCAAAUACCAGGCAACACUGUUUCUCCACAUCAAAGCACAUGCAAACAAUAAGGAGAAAACGCUUUUGAGUUGCCAGUUCUGCUCCUACACAACCAGAUUCAAGAAUGACCUGGUUAGCCACGCCAGGUCACACACGAGCAAAACGCCUCACAGAUCUACUGUGGGCACACGUGCAUAUGGCGAUAAGGGCAAUAUGGUUGCUCAUGUGCAUAUACGUGCUGCUGAUAUACCGUUCAAGUGCGAUAUCUGUCCACGUCAAUUCAAGCAGAAGCUACUGCUGAGGCAGCAUAUGCACAGCAAGCACGCUGAUUCUGAGAAAGUACAAACCCCCUGAACUCUGCAAUUUCAUACUAUUUCAUGUUUCUUUUAUAGUGCUAAUAGUCAGUUUGUCUUACUGUGCUCAUAUUGUGCUUCAUUAUGUGUAUAUGCCCCAUUACAUAUUGACACAAAAAUGUGGGGCUCCCGCACCGCAGAACGGCGCGCGCAUUUAACGUAACUAACUACAUUUAAUUUUAACAUAACUAAUUUUAAUUUAAUAACAUAACUACAUUUUGUUAUUGCUAAGUUUAUUUUUAAUGUGACAGUGUCAUACCAUAUAUUAUUUGUCUUUGCAGUUUACAUGUAAAGGAGAGUUCGAUGGAAGCCCGUCCGAUUGAGAUGAAAAAUGACACAGAAAGACGUACACCAACCAAAGAAAAUUAAAAAAAAACGUGAACAAGGCUUCUGUAUGGAAGCCAGAAUGUCUUGUCUUUUAAAGUUUUAUUUGGUUGGUGUAUGCCUUUCUCUCAUUAAAUUUAUGUGUGCCUUCAUGCAUGUUAGUACUUUUUAUCUUUCCUCGUUCACUUCACUGUUUUCAAAUUUUGUCAAAGGCUGUGUGUAUUGUUUUCUGCACAUAAGUUGCUGUGUAUACUGGCUUAGGUUUGGCCCCAGGCACCGUGUGUAUUGAGUAUGGGCCUCAGGCACCCUCCCUAUCUUCAAGCUCUCUUUGGCCAUUUUUCACACUAGUGUGUCUAAAGAGUCAUGUGGAAAAUAUAAAUUUUUAUUGAUGAA